AAUCCAACAAUAAUAAUAAGCACACGAAGAAAUCACAGAGAAGAGAAGGAGAAGGAGAAGAGAAGAGAACCCUCUUAUCAUUGAUUUCCAAGACACCAUCUUUAUAUGUUGUUCAAUUCCAAUCCUCUCUUUCUUUAUAAACCAAUUACAACAAAAAAUCUAUUAACCAAUCACAUCUCCACAAUCUCCUGCCCUCUUUCUCUCUUUCUGUCUUUCUCUCUCUCUCUCUAGAUCUGCCUUUAUUACAACCUUUUUUUCCCUGUUGGAACGCCUCCCCUCCCCAAACCCCCAUUGAUUCUCUCCCAAUUAAACCCUUCAAAUUUAUGGGCUUUUCUCAGUUCAAGCCCUUUGAUUGAAGGAUUUUGCAAUUUUUUUUCUGAGAUUGGCAAGAUUAAUAGUUUCUUGCAUAUUGAUAUGUUUAUUUGGUUUCUGAAACUUCUGAUGUGGGGUUGGGGAUUAAGGAGACAAUGACUAGAACCAAGAUUAGCUUUUGAUAGAGCUGUUGGUUUCUGAGGACUAGUUUGAUUGCUGGUCAUUGGGGCGCUAAUAUGUGAGUAAUGGUAUCAAAUACACUGAUGAGGAUUGUUGCACCUUGUUGGAAGCCUUCUGUUGAGGGUGAUAGUUCUAAUAGAGGUGGAGAUGCUAGCGGUCGUGCUGAUGGAUUGUUGUGGUACAAAGAUUCAGGUAACCAUGUAAAUGGGGAGUUCUCAAUGGCAGUAAUUCAAGCAAACAAUCUGUUGGAAGACUGUAGCCAACUUGAAUCAGGUCCAAUGAGUUUGCUUGAAACAGGCCCUCAAGGCACUUUUGUAGGAAUCUAUGAUGGUCAUGGAGGUCCAGAAGCUGCUCGAUUUGUAAAUCAGCAUCUUUUUGAAAAUAUCAAGACUAUUCAUGGUGCAGAAUUUACAUCAGAGACUCAUGGAAUGUCUGCAGAUGUUAUCAACAAAGCAUUCUUGGCAACAGAAGAGGCAUUUCUCUCUCUAGUACAGCAGCAGUGGCAAGAUAAACCUCAAAUUGCUUCUGUUGGUUCAUGUUGUUUAGUAGGUAUAGUGUGUAGUGGACAUCUAUACAUUGCAAAUGCAGGGGAUUCUCGUGCGGUGUUAGGAAGAUUGGAUAACAAGGAGGUCAAAGCUGUUCAGCUAUCAUACGAACACAAUGCAAGUAUUGAAUCUGUGAGGGAGGAAUUGCAGUCAUUGCAUCCCGAUGAUCCACAUAUUGUGGUUUUAAAACACAAGGUUUGGCGUGUGAAGGGCUUGAUCCAGAUCUCAAGAUCGAUCGGUGAUGCCUAUUUGAAGAGGGCAGAAUUCAAUAGAGAGCCUCUGUUAGCUAAAUUUAGAUUGCCUGAAUCCUUCAAUAAGCCGAUUCUUAAAGCUGAGCCAACAAUUUCAGAACAGAAACUCGAUCCUGAGGAUCAAUUUCUUAUAUUUGCGUCUGAUGGCCUAUGGGAGCACCUAAACAAUCAAGAAGCAGUUGACAUUGUCAACAAUUGCCCACGUAAUAUGGUUAUCAUUUCACCAGGUAAACAAACAGAAGGGUGUUGCAAGAAAACUGCUCAAAGCCGCCCUUCGUGAAGCGGCAAAGAAAAGAGAAAUGAGAUACUCGGACCUGAAAAAGAUCGAUCGUGGCGUGAGGAGACAUUUUCACGAUGAUAUCACUGUUAUAGUUUUGUUCCUUGAUUCAAAUCUAAUCAGUAGCAGCAGCUCCUGCCGGGGGCCUCUGAUUUCGAUCAGAGGAGGUGGUGGUACUCCGGGAAAUUUCAUCACAUAGGUAAAAGAGGUUUGAACUCCAUGAUGCUUAAUCCUCAUUUCUUCAUUUGUAUCAAGAAAUUUUUUCCCCCCAAAGAGGAGAGGUUAAGGAAAGAAUUUUCGCAUCUUCGUUUUACGAUUCUCUAUUGUAUAGCCACGCUCCUUAGCUGAUGAGAGCCUUCCAUAGAUAUUAGACUUGAUGCUUUAGGAGAAGGAAAAGAAAAAAAGGAAAAUUCUGGUUAUUUGCAUAUGAUGCUUGAUAAGCUACUACUCAUUACAGCUAUGAUUUUACUCAGUCUUGUCAAGAACUACAAAAAAAAAGAAAUAUUUGCCAUUGAAGUGAAAUUCAUCUGAUGAAAUAUCAGUUUCGUUCA